UCUCUUUUUUUUAUUUGUUUUUCUCCAUAGAUCAUUUCUCCUCAGUUUGCUGCCAACAAUUCUGAUUAUUGGGUCAUUGCUGUACACAUUAAGAAGAGGUCCUGCAGGCUUGGGUCGGGCAGGGCGUGGAAUGGGUGGACUUUUCAGUGUGGGUGAAACUACAGCCAAAGUCCUUAAGGAUGAAAUAGAUGUUAAAUUCAAAGAUGUAGCCGGCUGUGAGGAGGCCAAAUUAGAGAUAAUGGAGUUUGUUAACUUCCUGAAAAAUCCCAAACAAUAUGAGGAUCUGGGAGCAAAAAUUCCAAAGGGGGCAAUUCUGACAGGUCCUCCAGGUACUGGGAAAACGCUUUUGGCUAAAGCUACAGCUGGAGAAGCCAAUGUGCCGUUUAUCACCGUCAAUGGCUCAGAGCUCUUAGAGAUGUUUGUUGGUGUGGGUCCAGCACGAGUUAGAGACUUCUUUGCUCUGGCUCGUAAAAAUGCCCCGUGGAUUCUCUUCAUUGAUGAAAUAGAUGCAGUAGGGAGGAAGAGAGGAAGGGGCAACUUUGGAGGACAAAGUGAGCAAGAGAACACACUCAAUCAGCUCUUAGUAGAAAUGGAUGGAUUUAAUACAACCACAAAUGUAGUCAUUUUGGCAGGUACUAACAGGCCAGAUAUUUUAGACCCUGCUCUGAUGAGACCAGGACGCUUUGACAGGCAGAUUUACAUUGGACCCCCAGAUGUAAAAGGAAGAGCAUCCAUUUUCAAAGUUCACCUUAGACCUCUGAAAUUAGACACUGUCUUAAAUAAAGAUAACCUAGCAAGAAAGCUUGCAUCGCUAACACCUGGGUUUUCUGGUUUGGAGAAGAAAACUCAAGUACUCCAGCCAGAGGAGAAAAAGACAGUAGCAUAUCACGAGGCAGGGCAUGCAGUUGCAGGAUGGUUUUUGGAACAUGCUGACCCACUGUUAAAGGUAUCUAUUAUUCCACGUGGUAAAGGACUGGGUUACGCUCAGUAUUUGCCCAAAGAACAGUAUCUUUAUACCAAAGAGCAGCUACUGGACAGAAUGUGCAUGACUCUGGGAGGACGUGUGUCUGAACAAAUAUUCUUUGGAAGAAUUACAACUGGUGCCCAAGAUGACUUGAAGAACGUUACUCAGAGUGCAUAUGCUCAGAUUGUUCAGUUUGGUAUGAAUGAAAAAGUGGGGCAGAUCUCCUUUGAUCUCCCUCGUCAAGGAGACAUGGUCUUAGAGAAACCUUACAGUGAGGCCACUGCCAGGUUGAUAGACGAAGAAGUGCGGUCGCUAAUUGUUGCAGUCUGCAACCUCAGGAUUUCGUCCAGGGAAGCUGCAGGGUUCCAGGGACCAGCAUGAAACACCAACGAGACGGGCUCCCGUUCAUGAAACCAUUUAUUCAGCAUGGGAACAAAGUCAGGUCCAGAACAGAGAGCCCCGAACAGAGGCACAGCAGGGGUUUUUGAGGGACCCAACCGAGGGUUUACACCUUUGAGGGUGGAGUUCAGGGUCAGGGACCAUUAGAAACACACCAAGGGAGAACCCCCCAGGGACUCAAACCCAAUCAGAACUCCUGGGCCGCCCUUCACAAGGGGUUUGGGGUGGAACAAUGUUAACUCUUUGUCUCCCUGAGGCCGCUGCCACAUUUUCCUUUUUUCCAAAUGUCUGUAAGCUUACAAAAAUCAAAGGGUUUUUCGAUUAUUUAUCUAAACUAUGCCUGUAUGUGACCUGUUUCCAAAAAGAAGAAGAAUCAUACAAAAUGCAUUGUCAAAUGUGAAAGUCUGGUUGUACAAAGUACUAGCUUUGCAAAACGAUCAACUCUUUCAUCUGGCCCUUUCCCCUUCACCUCAUUUUCAUUUUAGAGUUUGUCUACAGAGAACUGCCAUGUAAGUUGACAGUGAAACUGGACACUUGCUUAAAUAUCUUAAAAUAUACUCAUGGUUCAGUGUCUUAAAUUAAGUCUGAAACUGUCUGGCUCUUGCAGUUCUACCAGUCAGUUUUUUACAGAGUUCUGUAAAAUAUUGAACAUAUGAAUGUGUCGUGUAAAUGCAGUUUGAGUCAAUAAAAACAGUACUUUUCUG